AUGAGCACAUCCAAAAGUAUCCAUGCGAAAGGUCAGUCCCCACUUGGAGGACCUGACAACCCUAAGCAACAACAACUACCGACUCCAACAGCCUCUCCCUCGAAAACACCAACCGCCCACCUAUCUUACGCUAACUCGGUUACCAAAAACCUUUUCAAAACACCCUCGAAUCCUUUGAAAACUGCCAUCACAAACACUGGUUCGCUAUUCAGGAGCAUCAACCCGGGAGCGGUCGUAUUCGACCUAUCUCAAAUACCCUCUACACAAGAGACUAUGGAGGAUGCCUUGCUGGCAAUCUUCGAAAAGUUCACCCCAACAGCCAUCCGCGGGCACC